AUGGCCAUGGUCAAGUUCGACCACUAUACAGAAAACAAGAAGGUACCCAUUGUGUCUAUCAGACAAUACUUCCCGCGCGAUUGGGAGAACGGGCCUAUGAUGGCUGCGUUUGCGGUAUGCGAAUUCGAGGAGAUGGCUAGCCUGGGAUCUACCUUUCUCCCACAGGCAGCCUUCUGGGUAUAUUUCUUCCGGGCAGCUCUGAACUCGGCUAUGGCUGAGUUGUGGUCGAGGGGAGGAUUGUCCAUCAUCGUGGGCUCGGGGUAG